AUGGAGAUCAUCAGCUUGAUGUGCACGCUGCUGUUGUGGACUGCCACUGCCCACGGGAAACCCACCACGAGGAAAGAGCGUGUCAUUCACGAAACCAACCUAAACGAGAGAACGCAAGACGACAAUAACAGCUUCCAAUACGACCACGAGGCCUUUUUGGGUAAAGAGGAGGCCAGGACGUUCGACCAGCUCACUCCGGAAGAAAGCAAAGACAGACUCGGUAAAAUAGUAGAGAGGAUCGACAGCGACGGGAACGGCCUCAUCACCACCGAAGAGCUCAAAGCGUGGAUCAAACGUGUCCAGAAACGUUACGUUUACGAGAACGUAGCGAAGGUUUGGGGAGAUUAUGACCUCAACAAAGAUGACAAAAUCUCUUGGGAAGAGUACAAGAAGGCAACGUAUGGAUACUACCUUGCCAAUCCAGGUGAGUUUGAUGAGACGACAGACCAGUUCAGCUUCAAGAAGAUGCUUCCUCGUGAUGAGAGGAGAUUCCUUACAGCUGAUCUAAACGGGGAUCAAGCAGCUGACAGAGAAGAGUUCACAGCCUUCCUGCAUCCUGAGGAGUUUGACCACAUGAAGGAGAUUGUAGUGCAGGAAACCCUGGAGGAUAUCGACAAGAAUGGCGAUGGACACGUGGAUGUGGACGAGUAUGUUGCUGACAUGUUUGCUCAUGAAGACGGGGGCCCAGAGCCAGACUGGCUGAAGACCGAAAGGGACCAGUUCUCAGACUUCAGAGACUUGAACAAAGAUGGCAAAAUGGACCGGGAGGAAAUUCGCCAGUGGAUCAUGCCGCAAAACUACGACCAUGCUCAGGCUGAGGCGCGACACCUGGUGUACGAGUCCGACCAGGACAAGGACCAAAUGCUGACCAAAGAGGAGAUCCUGGAGAAUUGGAACAUGUUUGUAGGAAGUCAGGCCACCAACUAUGGAGAGGACCUUACCCGAAACCAUGAUGAGCUUUAA